AUGGGCGUAUGGCAAACUGCGGCGAAGUUCGUGCUAUGGCUGCCAGUGGGCGUAACAGUUAAUGCAUUAGGUAUCAGUCUAGCAAGUGUUAAAGGACGUUCUAUGCAGCCGGUGCUAAACGACGGACUGACACAAGACGUGGUGCGCGACCGCGUACUGUUGGACAAGUUUUCGAUACAAGUGCGGCACCGCUAUGAGCGUGGCGACGUGGUGGUCUUGAAGUCACCCGAGUCACCGGGCCAAUAUCUGAUCAAACGACUUGUUGCACUUGAAGGAGACCUCGUUACCGAUCGCAAAGGCGGCCAUCGUAUAGUACCUGUGGGUAAGUGUUGGAUUGAAGGGGACAAUCCCGCAAUUAGCGAAGAUAGUGAUUCAUUCGGUCCUGUGCCACUCGCUCUCAUUGAUUCGCGUGUUGUGGCCGUAUUGUGGCCGCCAAGCGAAAUGAAGCUCGUAACUUCUAAGCUACCUGACCGAGUCAACGCUUAA